ACUGAUCACCCACCAGUGGCACAUAUGCCAGAGCUCCUGUUUAUAAGAACGUAUAUAGCUAACAAUAAAGCCUAAAGUUUUUAAACAUCUUGAUCUGGGAAUAGAAAAUUACAGAAUCUUGUUUCCCUUUAAAUAGCUCCAGGGGCACAUUAGUCUCUUUAUUAUAGAUCUUACCAAAAUGGAUGAGGGAUACGAGAGAUUCGAAGUAACCGCGGAUGAUCUGGAGGACGCCUUCGAUCCAACAUCUCGCAAACGACGAAAAUUCACCAAGAACGACGCUAUAUAUGGGAUGUGGGCUGAUCACGACAGCGAUGAGGAAGAUGAUCGAUCAGGACGCAGAAAGAAGGACUACGCUUCCAUGCCAAUGAGUUUCGUCAGUGGUGGUGUCGCUCAGAGCGAGGCAGAGAAAAAACGCAAAACUGAUCGUGAACGUGGUGAGGAUGAUACUACUGACUUAAGUACUCGCAUUUCCUCCAAAUCCAAGGGAUCUUCGAGAACUUCUCACCAUGGAUCAAAAGCACAGACCUUUGCUGGAUUGGGCAAACCGGUCGAUAAAGAGUUUGGUAGUUGGGAGCAGCAUACAACGGGAAUUGGGCAGAAACUUCUCCGAAAGAUGGGAUACAAACCCGGCCAAGGUUUGGGCAAGGAAGGAACUGGUAUUGCUACGCCGAUUGUGGCUACCGUACGGAAAGGAAAAGGAGCCAUCGGCGCUCACGGUUCCGAAGGAGUUCGUGAUCCUCGAGAGAAUGACGAGGUUGCAGUACUGGCGCAGCAGAAAACAGUUAUCCGUCAUAAAAAGCAGUGGCGAAAAAAGGAUGGAGAACAGAUGACGGCUUAUGAUUACAAGACUGUCGAUGAGGUUCUGCAGGAGAAGGAUUCGCGUCAGGCUGGUGGUUGGGAUGCUUCUGAGUUGAGUAAAGUUAAGGUUAUUGAUAUGACCGGAAAGGAAACCAAGGUUUUGUCAGGUUAUCAUGCCAUUCACACGCAGAGAGGUUUCGAAGACGCGGAUAGCGAGCGGAUAUUUGAUGUGGCUGAGUUGAGACAUAAUUUGGAUUUGCUGAUUGAUAUGAGCGAAGCGAGGAUUAUCGAAUGCACGAAAAAGCUGGAUUACGAAAAGAACUUAUUAGUCACUUUGAAAGAUGAAGAGAAAGGCUCAAAAGAAGCACUGGAUAAGGAUGAUGUGCUGGUUGACCGGCUAAAUGCCAUUAACGACCGUGUAGAGAGAGCUAUCACGAAACAAAAUGAAUUGUCCUUGGAUGAAUGUCUGGAUCUUUUCAAUGAUCUGUUUGACAAUUAUAAUGAACAGUAUCGCUAUUACGAAAUGGACCUGUUGGCUGGAUCCACAGUGAUACCAAUAAUGCAGCGGUUUUUCGCGGGUUGGAACCCGCUAGUUGAUCCGAAUUUUGGCUGGGGAGAGCUACAGGAGUGGAAGCGAUUGUUGGAGCCACCGCAGCGAUCUUUUGAAGCUUCAAGAAAUGUAGUCAAUUCGUAUCACAACAUUCUUUGGGAGGUUUGGAUGCCAUUUGUUCGAACAGCGAUACUAAACUGGUCUCCUCGAAGUUCUCCCGAAGUGAACCCGAUCAUUGAAUUGAUCCAUACAUGGAACUCCACAUUACCGCAGUGGAUGCUGGAUAAUAUCGUGGAGCAGCAGGUUCUGCCUCGACUCGUCACCGAAAUGGAAGAGUGGGAUCCGACUAUGGAUCCGAUGCCGGUGCAUCACUGGAUACACCCCUGGUUGCCAUACCUCGACAAGCGCUUAGAAGUCGUUUAUUCCAUUCUGCGCCAAAAGCUGGGUAUUGCCUUGACACGGUGGCAUCCCAGCGAUAUGUCUGCCAAACUAAUGCUACAGCCGUGGAUACCGCUUUUUUCUAAAGCGACAAUGGAUCAAUUUCUGAUAAGGAAUAUCUUACCUAAACUGCAGGAACUGAUGCAGACCUUUCAAGUGAAUCCGAAACAACAAGAACUCCGUCCCUUAGAUUACAUUUUUGAAUGGUUGGAUCUAAUGCCACUGAAUUCGAUGGUAAUGCUAUUCGAGAAGUACCUAUUUCCUCAAUGGUUCGACAUUCUGUACCGAUGGUUGAAUAUGGAUCCUAAUUUACAAGAAGUAUCCCAGUGGUACCUUGAAUGGAAGAAACUCUUCCCAGAAGCCCUCCGUAACCAUCCUAACAUGCAAAAACAAUGGAAUGCCGCACUGAUGGCUAUGAACCAAGCCGCAACUGGCGAAGAAAUCACAGUACAAAUAGUUGAUGCGCAGUUACCGUCCGCGCCUGCGCCGCCACCUUCUCCUCCGGCCAAAGAAGAGAGUGUCAGAGUUGGCUUUGCUAAGACGUUCCGGGAUCUCGUAGAAGAAAAGGCUAAUGAACGAGGUAUACUAUUUGUCCGGAACUUCAACCGCAACUAUCAGGGAAAACCGGUCUUUCAAUUCGGAAAACGAAACGUCUAUAUCGAUAGAAAUGUCAUUUUUGUACAGGCUGGGACCGCUUGGGCGCCGAUUGCGCUGGAAACAUUGCUCCAGCAGGAGUGAUUUUGUUUUAUCUGGUGUGGUUUUUUCGUAAUCUUGAAUUGCUUUGCGAAUGUCGUUUACCACGGCUCUAUGUUGUUUAGCUACGCGCGCAUUAUGUUGCUUAUGCAUAGAAAGUGGAUAUAACUGAUACAUAAUAAUGAUACAUAAUACUAGUACAGCUGGAAA